AUGAUGCGCCAAGAAUCGUUGCUAAGCAACUACGAACGACAGCCUCGCAUAGAGGCGAACCGAAACAACAUCAAGCAAGAUUCGAUCGACUGCGGCGUGACGGCAUGCAGCUGUUGUAAUGGGCCAGGUUGUAUACGAUUGGGCACUGCUACCACCUUCGUGAUAUGUUUGUCGUUGGUGGCUUUCGUUAGCGGUGGCAUCGAAAGCUACUUCCGGCUGGCGGCACAUCAGGCCGCCAGCGAGCUCAGCUUCGAUCCGAUCGUCCUGGACUGGUUGCUGGUAAUUGCUGGUGUUGCGCAGGGCCUGUUUGCGUUGCUGGUGAGCUAUUGGGGCAAUCGCUUCCAUCGGGUAUCAUGGCUGGGAGGAAUAUUUAUGCUGCAAGCACUCAGUCUGAUCGUGAUUAUAAUACCGACGCUGACGCACAACUCGGAAGAAAGCAACACAAUCGAUGCUCUCAACAUGGACAAAACGUGCACGCUUGAGCAAUCGGCAAGGUUGGUUUUGGAUCGGCCGUAUGCCAUUACAACGCUGGUGUUAAUGUUUAUCGCACAGAUAUUGAUUGGCCUCGCGAAUGUUGCCAUCUACGCCCUGGGCAUCAGCUAUGUUGACGAUAACGUGCGAACACAUCACAGCCCUGGUUUGAUCGGAUGCGUCAUAGCGGCUCGCAUUUGGGGCGCCCAGCUAGGACUUGCGAUCGGUUUAGCGGUCGGAGCUACCACCCUCGGCUGGUGGCUCGGAUGGGCCAUCAUAGGGCCGCUAACGUUCCUGGUGGGUUUCAUCAUCUCGCUGUUUCCCAAACGAUUGCUCGCCACGAUGGUUCGCCAAGCCGCGAACGAUAUCGUUGAAACGGCCACCAACAACAGCAUGCAGUCGAUUGCCACCGCCGACAAAUGGCUUGCUGACAUUUCGCUCUGGUCCACGGUUAGGCGCGUCUUUUCCAACAAAGUGCUGGUCUGCAACGUGCUAGCGCUGGUAUUUAUCAAGACCGGCAUAGUAAACUUCCAUUCGCACGAGCAAUCGUAUCUUCAGUCGCGGUUCUUUCUGCCGACAUCGCACGCUGACGGUAUCAACGAUGAGUGGGCCUCGCGAUUGAUUACCAACCUGAUACGACCAUUCGCGGCUGCUGUGGGUGUGAUUGUGGCGGCACUCGUCAUCGCAAGCGCAAAUCCUUCGGCCAGGAAGCUAGCUGGAUGGAACAUUGUCGUAGGAGUAUUGGCUACCGGAUUAUUUAUAGCAAACAUUUUUAUAUCCUGCGGCGAGGAACAAAUAGCUGGUGCUUAUCGGGGCCGAAAGUUGAUCAAGCCGUUCUGUGCGUCGAAUUGUGUUUGUGAGGAAAAUGUACCUUUUACACCGGUCUGUCCUAUCGAUAGUCGUUUCACGUACUUUUCACCGUGCCAUGCUGGUUGCCAGGACCGGGAAGAAAUUAACAGUAUCGUCAUCUACCGAAACUGUUCAUGCGGCGUUGAUGUGGAUAUUGUGCUGGAGAAUAGCGGCGAUGCAACCGAGGGUGCCUGCGGGAUCGACGACUGCCAACCGUAUUGGAUCGUGUUUCAGGUGUUGACGGUGAUUGUGGCAAUGCUACUUGCCUCGGGCUUGACGGGUAAGGUGAUCAUCAGCUUGCGCUCGGUGCUGACGCAAGACAAGGCGAUGGCGCUAGCGGUGGAGUUGACAUUGGUGGGACUGGUGGUGUAUCUACCUGGGACAGCCAUCUAUCAGGUGGUGGCAACACACACUUGUCAGUUUUGGUCCUCAAACGAACGACAGUGCUUCUUACACGAGACGCCAACGUUUGGAAAUAUUAUCAACAUGAUUACAGCCGCACUGAUCAUAAUAGGGCUAAUCUUCGAGAUGGCGGUGUUCUAUUUUGUUAAGGAUAUGGCUUUGUACGGUGAAGACGAAGUUAAACUACUCCGCAAUCCGAUCGAGAUGCGUUUCAUAUCACCAGCGAGAACACAAACCACGGCGGAAAUCAUGCCCCUGAAUAAUAUUAAUCCUACUGCAGACACGGUGGACCGUUCGACGACUUCCGAAACGAUCGUGCAAUCGGAAACGUUGAUUGCCGAUGACGGUGUACCAUCGGUGCAAACAAUACAGAACACUCAACCUUCUUAUCCAACGGUUCGGUCCAUUUCACCACUUGCAGCAAGCUCCGCUACGUAUGCUCAGGUGAUGCGGCAGCUCCCGAAAAGGGAGAACUCUAGCGAAAUCGAUGAACAGCUCGACUUCCGGUCAGCGACUAGUUUGCCUCGUGGCCAAACCGAUAGCGACGAUGAAAGCGAUUAUCGCUCCUCGCUGGUAGGACGCCUGCAGCAACAGCCACCUGGUCCGAGAGGUGACCCUGGAGUUCGUCGUGAUUAUGCUCGUGACGGCCUUUUCUCUCCUCGGGCUACUUCACCAGAAAGUCCGGAGGCGGGAAGCAGUGGGAUCGCUUUCCAGUCACGAAAUAUUUCCGGUCGGCCGAUGAGUCCGGAAACUAAUUUUUAA